AACAGGCCCUGCACAGUCUCUCCUGGAUGCCAGUCGGAUACUGAGGACAGAGGCCAGGCAGAGGCUGCCCUGGACACUCCAGGCUCUUGGGACAGCAGGGCUGCUGGGCAAGCAUAAGGGGACACCUAGGUCUCUCUUGAACUUUGGGAUCCAGAGAAUCAGAAGUCUUCUAUGGCUCCUUAUCACAUCCGCAAAUACCAGGAAAAUGACCGCAAAUGGGUCACAGACUUGUUCUCUGAGGCGAUGGCCGAGCACAUUCCUACCACCUUCUUCCACAUCCUGAAGCUGCCCCAAACCCUUGUGCUCUUGCUUGGGGGACCCCUCGCCCUAAUCCUAGUCUCUGGCUCCUGGGUCCUGGCCUUCGUGUCCAGCCUCGCCCUCCUUGCUGCCCUGAGGUUCCUUGCCGAAUACCCCUGGAAGCAGUUUGUAGUCAUGUCUUUGCACACAGACAUGUCUGACAUCACUAAAUCUUACCUCAGUGAGAGCGGCUCCUGCUUCUGGGUGGCUGAGUCAAUGGGGCAGGUGGUGGGCAUAGUGGGAGCACUGCCUGUUAAGAAGCCCACUCUGCAGAAGACGCAAUUGGAGCUGCUUCACCUAUGUGUGACCCCUGAGCACCGAGGUCAAGGGAUAGCCAAAGCCCUGGUCAGGACUGUGCUCACGUUUGCACGAGACCAGGGCUAUGGUGAAGUCGUCCUCACCACCAGCAUACUGCAGCACUCUGCCCUGGCCCUUUACCAGAGCCUUGGCUUCCAGAAGACGAGCCAGUUUUUCUUAUUCACAAGCUGGAGGCUAAUUUCUUCCUUUCAAAUUCAAUUCACCUACUGCCUCCCCUCUGCUCAGGUCUCUCAGGCACUGGAGCAGGGAGGGGGCCUGCGAUCUGUUUAGCAGCGGAUUAGUCAAGAGGAAUCAGCUCUGCUGCAGAAAUAGGCAGCCCCUGAGGUCUCAGUGUGACGGCAGGGUAAAAGCUUAUUGCGUGUCUGUGCAGGCGCUGGUGGUGGGGUGGUUCUGCUCUGUUCAGGCUUUUGGGAGUGCUACUGUUUCAUUUACCUAAUGCCAACAGACUGCUGCGUGUUAAGCUACCACGAAACAAUAAUAACCCUUUUUCUCUGGCUCACGAGUCUGUGGGUGUCUCACCCUUUGGUGUCCAGGUGUCAUGCCGGGGACCCUCCCCACUUUCAGUGAACGGAAAUGCAAAAUCAUAUGAAGAGGGCGUGGAGAAGGCGUGUGAGAAGAACUCACGUGAGAAGGACUGGGGCCAACGAUGCCAUCAAUCUGUUAUGGUCCCCAAGGUCUCUGCUGAAGGGGAGAAGGCAGCCAGGGACGGCUAGACCUAGAGGUGCCACUACCUGCAUCUCACUGGCCAGGACCAGGUCAUGAUUUGAAUACAUUUACUGUUGUCUCCUGAGUCGUGUCCACUAAAGGCUAGCGGCCCUGAGGGAAGUUGCGUGAAGCUAGGAUGUGGCUCUGGACCCAAGGUGCCUGCGUCUGCCCAGAGGCUCUGGACCCACUCCAUGGCUACCGAAGCAGACACUGUCUCCACAGAAUCAGCAAAAGGGCUCUCGCUACAUUACAUGGCAUUUCUAAAGAGAGACCACAUUUGACCUAGCAGCCCACUUCCCUUGACUGGCAUUUUUAGACUGAAGUCCCCCACACACCCCUGGGAAACACUGCGUACCUCCCGGCACCUCUCCAGAUGUAAAAUAAAAAACCUGCUGUUGCUUGCUUUA